UUUCGUUCGCGCCCGCCUAGGUAGCGCUACGAGCAUCGUAAAGUUCAAGAUGGCGGCUACUGGUGUGCUGCCCUUCGUCCGGGGCAUCGAUUUUACUCGAAAUGACUUCCAAUGGCGAGCUUGGAGCUAUGAUAAAUACACAGGAAAACGAAGAAGGAUCCGAGAGGACUACUUUCCGAAGGCAGUCGGUGACAUGACCGGCUUGCGAUGGCUGCGGCUAAACAGGACCAAGAUCGACUGGAUCCCGGACGAACUCCAGAGCCUCAAGAAACUUGAGACGCUGUCUCUGGUGCGCAACAACCUGGUGACGCUGCACGGCGAAGUCCCGCAGCUGCCGUGCCUGCGUUCCCUCAACUGCCGCCACAACCGGCUGAAGAAUUCGGGCAUACCGCCUGACGUGUUUGACCUCGAAGACCUCUUUGUUGUGGACCUGAGCUACAACGACCUGCGAGAAAUCCCCACCAACCUGGAGCAUGCUCGGGGUCUGCUCGUGCUCAACCUCGCAUACAACAGAAUUGAAACGAUCCCACACCAGCUCUUUGUCAGCCUGGUCGACUUGAUUCAUCUCGACCUGAGCGGCAACCAGCUUGAGACUCUGCCACCUCAGAUGCGACGCCUGGUCAGUCUGCAGACCCUAGUGUUGAACGACAACCCCCUCGGCCACUACCAGUUAAGGCAGCUACCAGCGCUGACGUCGCUGCAAGUAUUGCACAUGCGUAACACACAGCGGACAGUCAUCAACACUCCCGUCUCGCUCGAUUCAUCAGCCGUGCUUUCUGACGUGGACUUCUCCCAAAAUGCGCUGCCGAGAAUUCCUGACGUCCUCUACACAUUGCCGACGCUUCGCCGGCUCAACCUGAGCGACAAUGCCAUCACAGAAGUGUCUCCCGUCAUCGGAGAUGUGUGGAAGAACAUCCGCAGCCUCAAUCUGUCCCGAAACAAGCUGACAUCGCUACCUGCAGCACUGUGCAGGCUCACCACGCUAACCCACCUGUACCUCAAUGACAACUUGCUCGACUUCGAGGGCAUUCCAUCAGGAAUUGGCAAGCUCCACAAUCUGGUGGUAUUCAUGGCGGCUUACAACAAUCUGGAGAUGAUCCCCGAAGGUGUUGUACGCUGUGGGCGACUGAAGAAGUUGGUGCUGUGCCACAACCGUCUCAUCACACUACCUGAAGCAAUCCACCUGCUCACCGACCUUGAGGUGCUUGACCUCAAGGACAACCCAGACCUGGUGAUGCCCCCCAAGCCGCUCGAGUGCCAGCGGGGCGCCGGUGCCGAGUUCUACAAUGUUGACUUCUCGCUCAGCGAACAGCUGAGGCUUGCUGGGGCUACACCAACUGCGCAAAUCCCGGCACCGACCCCCGUGAAGGACCCAAUCGCGCGCAAGAUGCGGCUUCGGCGACGGCGGGAAGGCGAGGCUGACAGUGACCAAGCAAAGAUUCUCAAGGGUAUGACUGAUGUGGCCAUGGAGAAAGACCGCAAUGGCCGGUCAGGAGGCGAAGACCGUGUGGACUCUCUCAAGCCAAAGCGCUGGGACGAGGCCCUGGAGAAGCCACCCAUAGACUACAGUGAGAUCUUUGAAGAGGAUGUUGGUCAGAUGCCGGGGACGUUUGUUUGGGAAAUUGACAACUUCCUUCCAAACCCUCUUGAUGAGUCUCUGGUGGGCAAGUUCCAUGAGGGUGACUGUUACAUUGUGCUGAAAACAUUCAUCGAGGAGACGCAGAAUCUCAACUGGCUCAUCUACUACUGGAUUGGCUCUGAAACCACGCUGGACAAGAAGGCCUGCGCAGCCAUCCAUGCUGUGAACCUGCGAAACUUUCUGGGCGCCCACUGCCGGACCGUGCGGGAGGAGCAAGCAGAUGAGAGCCCCGAGUUCCUGCAGCUGUUUGGAGGCCACAUCAACUAUCGCAAGGGGAACAGGGCGUCGAGUGGCUUCUACAACGUCGAAGAAGUGGAGUAUGUGGUUCGCCUGUACCGUCUGCACUCCCGAAAUCGUCUGCUGCACGUCGAGUCGGUGGCAGUAGACCCCAGUUCCCUGGACCCGCGGUACGUCUUUGUGCUCGACGCCGGCCGGAAACUCUUUGUCUGGAGCGGCAGGGUCUCACAGAACACCAUGGUCUCCAAGGGCAGGCUUUUGGCCGAAAAGAUCAACAAGAACGAGCGGAAAAACUACGCGGAGGUCAUCACAUGCGCCCAAUCUGAAGAGGAGGAGGACUUCUGGAACGCCCUCGGCUGCACGGAUCCCAGCGAGUUUGAAGACUUUGAGCCGGUCGAGCACGUGCCAGAGAACUUUGCACCUGCCCACCCCUGCCUGUACAAAGUUGGCCUUGGCAUGGGCUACCUCGAACUACCUCAAGUGGAGGUGCCUGAGGGCAAGCUGGUGCAAUCCCUGUUGGACACCAAGAAUGUCUACAUCCUGGACUGCAACUCGGACCUGUUCGUCUGGCUAGGCAAGCGGUCAACACGCCUCGUGCGGGCAGCGGCACUCAAGCUUUGCCAGGAGCUACUCUGCAUGAUUCACCGGCCAAGUCACGCCAUCGUCAACCGCUGCCAGGAAGGGACGGAGACAAUGGUGUUCAAAUCCAAAUUCGUUGGCUGGGAUGACGUCAUUGCGGUCGACUUUACACGCACAGCGGAAUCUGUUGCAAGAACAGGGGCUGACCUUCAAAAAUGGAUGUCCACCCAAAAGACGAAAACAGACCUCUCUGCCUUGUUUAUGCCACGUCAGCCUGCCAUGUCUAAAGAGGAAGCGACGCAACUCAUGGAGGAAUGGAAUGAGGACUUGGAAGCCAUGGAAGCAUUUGUGCUGGAAGGCAAGAAGUUUGUGAAGCUUCCAGAAGAGGAACUGGGUCACUUCUACAGCGCGGACUGCUACGUGUUCCUGUGCCGCUACUGGGUGCCCGCUGAGGCGCCCGGGGAGGGUGAUGGAGACGAACCAGUCGUCAAGAACGGCCCCGACGGCGGUGCCGGCGACGAGGACGAGGAGAUGGAGGAAGAGGAGGAGACCGUGGAGGACGACUACACCUGCGUGGUGUACUUCUGGCAGGGCCGGGACGCUGGCAACAUGGGCUGGCUCACGUUCACCUUCAGCCUGCAGAAGAAGUUCGAGGCCCUGUUCGGGGACAAGUUGCAGGUGCUCAGGACGCAUCAGCAACAAGAGAAUCUCAAGUUCCUGUCACACUUCAAGCGCAAGUUCAUCAUUCACACGGGCAGCCGCAAGAAGUCUCAAACGGAAGAGAACAAUGCCGUCGAGCUGUUCCACCUACGCGCAAACGGCAGCCCCAUCUGCACGCGGUGUGUUCAGAUUCCUCCUACAGCAAGUAACCUCAAUUCUGCUUUUUGUUACAUUCUGAAAGUGCCUUUCGAGCAAGAUGGCGAGGAGGACGGCAUGGUCUACGUCUGGAUCGGCAGCAAGGCCGAUGAAGACGACGUACGGUUAGCGGAAGAACUGGCGCGAUCUCUAUACGGUGCGAUGGAGUAUUCCAUAGUGACCGUUGACGAGGGAGAAGAACCGGAAAAUUUCUUCUGGGUUGGUCUUGGAGGAAAAGCACCAUACGAUGAGGAGGCGGACUUCUUGCAGCAUGCGCGUCUCUUCCGGUGCUCCAACGAGAAGGGCUACUUUGCCAUUUCGGAGAAGUGCGCCGACUUCUGCCAGGACGACCUGGCGGACGAUGACAUCAUGAUCCUCGACAACGGGGCGCAGGUCUUCAUCUGGGUCGGGUCGCGCUGCAGCGAGGUAGAAGUCAAGCUUGCCUACAAGAGCGCUCAGGUCUAUGUGCAAAACCUGAGGGUCAAGCAGCCCGAGCUACCACGAAAGCUGAUGCUCACCGUCAAGGGGAAAGAGUCGAAGCGGUUCACAAAGUGCUUCCAUGGUUGGGGAGCCUACAAGACUGUCGCCGAGUAGGAGCAGUCAACCCACCAAGUCUAGCAGUGACAAUCCGCCGAGCCGACCACACCUACAACGCUGCGCAGACGUCGCAGCAUCUCGACGAAGCGAGCGCCUGUCCGCCGACAGCCUGAAGCUUGUGACAUGGCCAAAGGUUUAAGUACACACUCAUCGACAACAUUGAAAGCAUGGGCUGCGGAAGAGUUGAGGUGCUGCUACAGAAGCGUGCAGGUCACAAGGUUGUACCACACCGCCUGGUGUUAGGCUUGGACUCUGGACCACCUUUCUCGUCUGUUGGCAGCGGACAUUGUAUGCUUGUUUUCCCGGUGAACGUAAUCGACCGUUGUUGAAAGCUUGCUAAUUCCUUGGGAUAGCCGAACAGACACAAAUUCAGUAGGAUAGAAACACUGUUAAGAGAGUUUGCAAAGACCCGUUCUAAGCAAAUGCGACUUGGAUUUCCUAAAGGAGUACUGGUGCGACCACAUACGAUUCGUCAUAUUUUUGCGUUAAAUGAAGAACUGAGCCCUCUAAAUCCUAGCGAAAAACACUACCAAGUGUCGUAGCACCCUGAGUAAUUUACUGCAAUAGUUGUUUCCACAAACUUGUACUGCCUUUCACAUAUUGCAGGCAAUGCUAUGGAAGCUACACAAAUAUACUUACUGUGGUCAUUGAAAGCGCUCUCUACAUGUUUCCCAGUGAUCUUGUUUUUGAACUGCGACACUUUCUACGGAGCGACUAUUUCAUAUGUUACAACCGCAACUUGUGGACUCAAGUGUACGUCAAAUCACGUAUUACUUGAGAACAUUUGUGCUGCCAGUAAUGUUUGGCGUACCAUGUCUUGGUCGCGAACGCAGGUAAUGCGCUAUGGCCAAUGCAACGUGUCCCUCCACUCGUGUGGCAGCAAAUAGGCUCGUAUCUCUGACACCCUUCAUAUAAUCAAUGCAUCAUGUUUUGCGAUGUAAAAAUUACACGACUUAAUUUCACAGCGAAAUACAUGACGCACGCCUGCAUCUUUCUCUGAGAUGUGAGGCAUUAUUUUUCCGGUCGCAGAAGUGAGCAGUCUCUCUAAGACCUCAUAGCAUUGCCUGCUGUGUCUGAAAGGAAGUAUAGCUUCGGUGUCUGCACCCAGAAGAUUGAUGUGUCAUGGCAUCGUGAGGCACUGGUUCGUUUCGUUACUACACUCGUUGUGGCUGCCACGAGCGAGCACUUCCAGAAGAAAUGCGCACAACGCUCCCGUUUAUUAUUAUUAUUUAUGAGCAACAUCAUGUUUACCUAGCCUUAUCACUACACGAAGUCAGCAAAUUUAGCUCCGUGUCACGGCGUCACGAUAGCGUAGAUUAUGGCAGGUCCGACCUAUCGAGACCAACUUUAGUUAUCCAAGUAAAACGUCUUUGUUUCCCCGACAUUCAUACUCGCUAGAUAUCGUUAUCAUUUCAUGUGCUAGAAGUGUGUGGUGCGUGUUAGGACUUUUGACAACUUGACAACUUUGGAGAUAUGCAUCAGUACUCCUUCAGGCAAAUAUCACGCUUUAUAUUACAGUUAGUGACACGUCAAGAAUGCAGCAUUUUCAAAGGGAACAUGUAUGACAGUAGCAGGGAAAACUUUAAGCAAGCUGGUGUACAUUCGUACUUGACAAAAAAAAAAGAGAACAGCGGUAAUGAAGACGAGGACAAAGACGCGUGAACCUUACUUUUUUUUUCUUUUUCUCAUCCUCAUCUUUGUCGGGACUGUUUUUUGUCGAGUAAGAAGGGUGUGCAAGUGCUACAAAAAGUUGCCUCGUCCUAGUUUUACUUUCCUUCCUUAUCCUUUGUAUCCUUGUCCUUACUUGCCAAGGCACUUGCUGAUGACAUGGGUGGACACAAAAACAACAGCACACAGCGCUAACUUCUAGCUGCAGUCACAAUACAACUAUGCAUUCGAGAGGCGUUCACAUAUUUACCGUAUGUGGACCUCGUUACGCAUGGCUACUAGGGCAUUACAUCAAGUCAAUGAUGGUGCACCCACAUCAUCCCUCCUUGUCCUUUUAGCGCUGCUCACUUUCGCACAAGGAGAUUUAAAAAAAAAAUAAUGUUUCUGGAGUGGACAUGAUGUCCCAAAAGUGAAACAGAGCCGCCGCCAUCUUGCUGAAGGAAUUGAAUAAUGUGUUAGCGUACAGUGGACAACAGGACAUACUUUCUCCUUAACCCUUGCGGCUUUAAGAUGGCCAGUUUUGAUGAAUACACACUGCUUGAAGUGUCUCUUUGUGUACCUGGUUUAAAGAUGAAACUUGAAUGUCUUGUAAAUUGUAUGGGAGAUCCCGACGUCACUUUUCAGCCGAUGGCAGUAUUUUAUCCCGAAGCAACAAGCUUUUAUUUUGCAGCUGGCCUAUAAUUUACAUUAGAUGAGCAAAAGCCGUUGGACUUUGACUUGUCUCCAGCUAACGCGGCGCAAGCGAGGCAAGUAGAGGCAAGCACUGGCUUUGCCUCUGCUGGUAAGAAAUCUGUGGGGGCUGCCCCUUCAGAAAAUUUUUGUUUUAGACCUCCUUGCACGAUGGACCAAUAGGCCUGAAUGACAUGCCUUGGCCAAGCUUCCUUGUAGUGAAACUUCUCACUCUGCUGGGGGACUUCUUUGUCAAGUGGGGGUGCCAUUGAGUUACUUUUCACUUUCGUGCCCGUGUCAUCUAUAAGAGAACCGUUGCCUCAUGUUCCAAGGGUAAGUGAGCAGGUGCGUCACACAUUUUUGGGGGAAAGGGGCCCAUCCUGCAUUCUUGACUCAUCACUCACUGUAGUCUUAAAGCGAACAAGUUGCUGCCCUGCCUUAAAGUGCCGAGUGUAAUGCAGCGAGUUUGAACAAAACCACGGUCGUGCCAUAUUUCUGAUGCCUUGCCAUCACAAACCAAAGCCAUACUGUACUUGUGCACAAUGCCAUGUUUUGCAACGCUUGUGUGCGUCUGCUUAGCAAUAUAUGGUCUUUUCUCUCUCUCUCUCUCCCAUUUUCUUUUUUAUGUGCUUGACAAUGAGCCUUCUGAUAAGGUUACCAGCAAAGUACCAAAUGUUGCAUCGGUAAGGGAGUCCAGUGGAAAGGCCUCUAAUGGUUAAAUCGCUGGCUCAUUUGCAUUCAUAUUUCGCUCGGCUGUGGCAUUUGCAGCACUCGAAUUCAGUAUCUGCCUCUUUCAAUCAUUAGAAAUGUCAUCGGUGGAAGUGCCACAUGAGAAAUUUAGUGUGUGGACUUGUCUCUGCGGAGCAGUGGUGCCGUCUGUUGUGAGGAGGAAAUAAGUGUUGCCUCCGCUGUGUAUCUUGCCGUGGUGAGCAUUUCUGCGUCCUAUCAGCAGAUGGAGCCACCACCCCUUUUAGCUAGAAAAAAUCUACACUACAUUCUUCGUCCAGCAUUGCUGCAGACAUAUACAGUAUGGUCCACUGUUGAAAGGAACUCACAAGCAAUAAUAAAGCCAAUACAACUGCAACAUUUCUGCACCUUUAUCCGAAAGAGGCCAUUGAUUUCAUCAACUGGACUUACAUUUAUGUAUGAAAAGUAAGUCUGCGUGCUUUUAUGCCACAGCUUAGCAAUAAUCGAUGGCAGAAUACUAACUGCGUGUCUAACAGUGAAUGUGGCAGUAAACAAAAUGCAUCACAGAAGGCCACCUAUGUGCGAAAUUUGAGUACGAACGAUGCAGUGGUUUGGCUGGUAGAGCCACUUUCACAGGCUCCCUUAUCAAUGCAACAUUAUGUACUUACAUUGGCAACUUGAAAUGACUUUGUGGGGCGUGUUCAUAGUGCUCUCAAAUGUGUAUGUGUGGGACGAAAAUUGUAGGCUGCUCACGGUUAACCAGUGCUGUCAGUGGAAAGUGCAUCAGCGAACACUUUGGCAUUCCAAACUGAUAGUGGUACAUACAGGUGAGAGAGAUAGUGGGAAAGCCACCGUGAUACCAUCCACUAAACCAUUUUCACACCAAAACAGACCACCGCCAGAAGUCAUGCUCAAUCUGUAGAGUUGCUUCUUUCUGUGCAACAUGGUAUGUGUGUGGAUCAGAAAAUCGCCAAAGCCUUGCAACUGCUGCCGAUUUCGUAACUUAUUUAUGAUGUAAUAUAAGACAGUGCCUUGGAGCGUGUGUUUAUGUAUGACGUGUGCGCGUGUUUGUACAUUGCAGUGUAUUUCGUUUUUUUCUGUAUAAAUUAAAAGAGCGAUCAACCACAACA